CCUUUCCAUUCAAUUUCGCCCAUCAAUUCCCCCCUUCUGCAAUUGCAUUCAGCCACAGAUGCUGUCCAGCUCGACCUUCGGCCGUCGAGCGGCCCUGCGCGCUGCCAAUUGCCGUCAAUGCCUUUCGCAGCCUGCAAACCGCCGAGGUUUGGCUGCUCCCGCUUCCGGCUCCUUUCAAUAUGAGUCGAGUGAAGCGGCCGGUGUCAAGAUCGCCUCUAGGGACUUUGCCGGCCCUACUACCACCUUGGCCCUCGUUGCAAAAGCCGGAACAAGGUUCCAGACCUAUCCUGGUGUGACGGAGGGUCUGGAGAAGUACGCUUUCCGGACCACCGAACGAAGAUCUGCCCUUCGCAUCGUUCGGGAAGCGGAGCUUCUUGGUGCCGAACUGUCUUCCUACCAUACCCGAGAGAAUCUGAUACUGGGUGCCAAAUUCCUUCGCCAGGACCUUCCCUAUUUCCUCGAGCUCUUCGCUGAGAUUGUUGGAAGUACCAAAUACGAACCCCACGUCUACGAUGAGGAAAUCAAGCCUUUGAUACAAAUGGCUCACAAGAGGCACAUUGACAACACGACUGAGCUGGCAAUCAAUUCUGCCCACAGCCUAGCAUUCCACCGUGGCCUUGGUGUUCCUCUAAGACCAUCAUCGGCAACACCGUACACGAAAUACGUCGAUGCUAACUCAAUCGCCGAGUUUGCUUCCGCUGCAUACUCGAAGUCCAACUUCGCCCUCGUUGCCAACGGGACGAACCACGGAAACAUGGCCAAGUGGGCUGGUCAAUUCUUCUCAUCGGCCAAGAACUCAUCGGCGAAGGCACUCGAAAGCCCACCAUCGAAGUACCAGGGUGGUGAGGAACGUAUUGCCCACAACUCCGGCAACACCAUGGUCCUCGCAUUCCCAGGGUCGAGCUCGUUCACCGGAGGGUCCUACAAGCCCGAAAUCCAAGUCCUGGCUUCUCUUCUCGGCGGCCAGUCCAGCGUCAAGUGGUCAUCCGGCUUCUCAUUGCUGGCCAACGCCGCCGCGCCGUUCCCCAGCGUCAAGGUCGCAACCAAGAGCGCGAUUUACUCCGAUGCCGGCUUGCUUUAUGUCACUCUGGAAGGUUCGGCCAAAGACGUUGCGGGCGCGGCGCAGGAGACCGUCAAGACCAUCAAGGCCAUCGCUGGUGGUGACAUCAAGAAAGAUGACAUCUCCAAGGCCAUCGCACAAGCGAAAUUCAAGGAAUUGGAAUACGGCCAGCAGCUUUGGGCGGGCCUUGAACUGACGGGUUCCGGACUUGUACAGAGCGGCAAGGUGUACCAAAUCGAUGAGACGGCCAAGAAGCUGGAAGCCGUCACCGAAGAGCAAGUGAAGAAGGUAAGUUCCGUUCACAUCUCCCCAAUGUCCAAGAAUGAUGCUAAUCGUGUCAUGAACGUAGGCUGCAGCGACCCUCCUUGAAUCCAAGGCGACGGUAUCAACGGUCGGUGAUCUUUAUGUCCUUCCAUGGGCGGAUGAGCUUGGUUUGAAGAUUUGAAGAUUUGAAGAUUUGAAA